CUACAAUCAGAGAUCUAUUAAUAUUUUGACAUUUUCCUUUUCUUGAUCUUGACAGCCUGCGUAUUAUAACAUCUUCAUGAUCUUUUUUGGGUCUCUUUCCUCGAUUAUCGAUCGACAAAAUCCAGAGAAGUGCACACCAACUGUUUGUCUUUUUUGCUUCACUCGCCAGACUUCGAUUUGACGUUUCAUCUUGUUUGUUUUUUAUGAUAAAAAUGACUAUGUCUGCUGACGACAUCUUCCGUGUUCUCGAGGCUGAUCUGGAGUUUGUUUCCGCUCAUGAACUCAAGGCCAUGACAUCUCUAGGUGGAGGAGUGUACGGUUUAAAUCCACCGAUGACUUGUAAGUCGAGUUCUUUUGAUGCUUUACAAGAGGUUAUGGAGGUGCCAAAGACCAAGAAACUGAAACUGUCUGCUAUGGAGGACGCCGGUGGUUACUCAGAUGGGCAGCAGAAGGUAUCGCAUAUCACGGUGGAGAGGAACCGAAGGAAACAGAUGAACGAAAACUUGUCUGUUCUCCGUUCACUUAUGCCUUGCUUCUAUGUCAAAAGGGGUGAUCAAGCAUCGAUAAUCGAAGGAGUAGUUGAUUACAUCACAGAAUUGCAACAAAUUCUACAAUCCCUAGAGGCCAAAAAACAAAGAAAAGUUUACAGUGAAGUUUUGAGCCCUAGGCUUGUUUCAAGCCCCAGGGCCUUAUCUCUCAGCCCCCAGAAACCGCAGCUUAGCCCUAGGCCAAGCCUGCCGAUUAGCCCCAGAACCCCACAACCAUACAUGUACAGGCUGCCGCCACCUUCACCUUCACCUUCAACUACUUUCAUAACUUCAGACAGUGCUAAUGAGCUCGUUGCUGCAAAUUCAAGGUCAUCCAUGGCUGAAGUUGAGGUCAAGUUGGUGGGUGGUAAUCUUCUUCUAAAGACGUGUUCAAAGCGGGUACAAGGCCAAACGACGAAAGUAAUAGCGGUUCUUGAAAAGCUACCUCUUGAAGUUCUUCAGGCUAACAUUAGUAUUGUUGAUGAAGCCAUGGUUCACACCUUUACGAUCAAGAUUGGAGUUGACUGCCAACUAAGUGCAGAAGAACUUGCUGAACACAUUCAACACACAUUCGGCUAAUCGUUAGUCUUCUUUUGAGAUCACCACUAUGUGUCAUGUUAUAUCCAAUGCAAUGUGCAUGAUAUCCAAACAAUUAAGAAGGCUAGAAAACAAGAAAACUCCAUCACCCAAUAAUAUAGUUAGAGCUUGUUGAUUAGUUUAUUAACUUCUGUAUUGAUCAUCCCCAACUUUUGUAGUAAUAUUGGUGUUCGAACCUUAAGAGUUUUGACAUCGGUUGCCAAUUUAUUGGUGUGUGUGUG